AUGACUAGUAACAAUGCUCAAAUAGACUCAACGAAAAUAACUGAAGGAUUAGAUGGAACUGAUUUAUGGAACCCAUUUGAUUCACGAUUUGUAUCAUACGUGAAAUCUUCUAUUCAACUGCACUGUGUUACUUCAAAAAGUUUAUUCAUGCAAAUUUUAGCUGGUUAUCACUUACAAUUAACACACCGCCCAACAAUAUUUAGUCGUAUAGUUGGCUUAUAUUCUAUACGUUUUGGCACGUUAGUAUCAAAUAUUGAAAUUUAUGUUGCUGUUAUGUUGAAAGCAUUUACACCAUCAUUACAAAUUAAUGAAAUAUUUGAUUUAAAAGGCUCGCCAAUUAAUAGACAAUUAGAAGGAACUCUAUCGUUAGAUAAAUUACAUAAAUUGAAAGAUCUGGAUUUUGUAAAUUUGUAUCCACACGGAAUACGUAUACCAUCGAAUAUCUAUCAACGAUUACAUAGAGAUAUAUCGAAUGAUGCUAGAGCUUUAAGAAAACUGAACAUAACCGAUUAUUCAGUAAUACGUGGCAUAACACAUAUCGAUGUGUCACAAGAUAAUUUUAUGCAAUGUCGACCGUCAGCUGGUAUAUCAGCACUAUGUUAUACAAUGAAUACUAUUGCAUUAUUAUGCAAACAGGAAAAUAACUCAGAACGUUUAAUAUAA